UCUUGUGACUUGGCAGUUACCUUCAAACUUUGAAAAUCAAAUCUCCACCCAAAACACACACUCAAAACACACAGUGAAAUGAUAAACCACUCUCCACUGUUAGAUAAAUGUAAUAAAAUCCAGUGUUCCACUGUACCCACAGAGACAAUUCAUGUCUAACCGUUUAAAGCUCAACUUUUUCCCCUCUUUAUUUUUUUCGAAAUCUUCCACCUUUUGUCCCUUGUCAAGAUUGAAUCUUUAUGGCCGUCUUUGAAGCAACGGCUAAUCCCUUUUCUUGAAUAGAAGCAAAAUCCCUUUUAUGGUUGCCGCUUAAAUGGCUUGUGCAGCUGGGAAGAGCGAAAAGAAAGAGGGGUCCGAGUUGGCGAGUGAUGACUCGGUGAGUGGCAGCAGCACUAGUUGCGAGACCAGAUCGACUUCCGCCAAUUCUUGCUCAGCUCAAUUGGGUUGGCCGAUCAAGAAAGCCUCGAAUCAUGAAGGAAAGCGAAACCCUCGAUUGAAAGCUGAGUGUGGUGAUAGUGAGCCCAUGUUCAAGAAGCAGGAUUCUUCAAACUUUUCAGAAAUGGAGAUGAUGAAGGAGCGGUUUGGGAAAUUGUUGCUGGGUGAAGACAUGUCUGGAGGUGGUAAAGGGGUCUGCCCAGCACUGGCAAUUUCGAAUGCGAUAACAAAUCUGUGUGCUACCGUGUUUGGGCAGCUGUGGAGGUUGGAGCCGUUGCAGCUGGAGAAGAAGGCAAUGUGGAGAAGAGAAAUGGAAUGGCUUCUUUGUGUUAGUGACUAUAUUGUCGAGUUGAAACCUUCCUGGCAAACUUUUCCUGAUGGAAGCAGGCUUGAGGUUAUGACCUCUCGGCCAAGAUUAGAUCUUGUCAUUAAUCUUCCAGCUCUACAGAAACUUGACAACAUGUUGCUGGAAAUUCUAGAAGGGUUCAUGGAGACAGAGUUUUGGUACGUUGAUCAAGGUGUGGUAGCUCCGGAGAGUGAUGGAUCGGCCUCCUUCCGGGAAGCUAUUCAACGACAGGAGGAUAAAUGGUGGCUGCCCGUGCCCCGUGUUCCUCCUGGUGGUCUACCUGAGGCCUCGAAGAAGCAGCUGAUAAACAAGCGUGAUUUUGCAAGCCAGAUACUUAAAGCUGCUAUGGCAAUCAACAGCAUUGCUUUGGCUGAGAUGGAAGUUCCCGAUUCAUACCUGGAAACACUCCCAAAGAGCGGGAGAGCGUGCCUAGGGGAUGUCAUCUACCGUUACAUAACAUCAGAUCACUUCUCCUCCGAGUGCUUGCUUGAUUGCCUAGACCUAUCAUCGGAGCACGUUGCUCUGGAGAUAGCAAACCGGGUGGAGGCAGCAAUAUACGUGUGGCGCAGGAGGCAGCAUCCCAAGCCACCAACUCAUCCAAACCGUUCAACCACGAAAUCAUCUUGGGAGAUCGUUAAGGAUCUCAUGAUGGACGGGGACAGGAGAGAACAACUCCUCGCUGAACGAGCUGAAACCCUCCUGCAGUGCUUGAAACAGCGAUUCCCCGGCCUAACACAAACCACACUAGAUAGCACCAAGAUACAAUGCAACAAGGACGUCGGGAAAUCUAUCUUAGAGAGCUACUCGCGAGUUUUGGAGAGUCUAGCGUUCAACAUUGUGGCACGCAUUGAGGAUCUACUCUACGUUGACGACAUAAACAAGCAGUCUGAGAAGCUGUCAACAAUGAGUGUGGUCUCUCACAAGAAGCUAUCAAUGCCAUUCAGCGUGCCCAUCUCAGGCACCCCCUACCGGUCAGCAUACAGCACGCCUAGCUUCUCCCCAGCUCCGCUGAUCAGCCCUGCCCGAGGAGAGAGGACCCCGUUCCUCGGGAGCAACUGCAACAAGCCUCCUCGACGUGGCCUAGGUGUUAGACGAGUCCUCACCAACUAUCUCGGGGGCGACUCUAGGGUUAAGAACUGCAGCAAUGUUCGACAAGGCCUCGGUUCUGUAUCCAGCAGAAUCACUCAAGAGACGGCAUCAUCGGUGUCCCGUCUGAGCAUUGAAGGGAAGGAUGUCCAAACCGAGUUUAGGCCGUCUCAGAUAGACCGGUCAUGAAAUGUUUGGGUCAGACCCAUAGAAACAUCGAAGCACGAAAGGGAUAUGUAUGCAGUUUAUUAUUUGUUUCAUUGAUUUAUUUGUCAAUCCACGGUUAUGUUAUGUUAUGUUAUAUAGUGUAAGUGUUGGUUGUUUUCUA